UAGGAGUCGGGGGCUGCCCGAAAAAUAAUCUUCGGUGACCUUCUAUAUCGUCUUAUAUACCGUGGCUAUAUCCGCUUCACCUUCUUAUAUCCCCUUCAUAUCAACCAUCCAAUUCCCCCCAUCCCUCCAUCCACCUUUGUCCUGUGUGUAUCCUUCCAUCUCAUCCCUAAGCUCCAGCUUGAAGCUUAAGCUUAUCUCUCUGCAGCUUCGACAUGGCUUCUACCGCCCGCACCUUCGCCCGCGCGGCUUUCAAGUCGUCGCCCUCCACUUCUGCCUUCAAGACCUCUACCCGUAACACGGCCUUUGCCUUGCCGCGCCAGACCCUCCGCCAGCAGGCCCGCCGUGCCUACUCCUCUGAAGCCCCCAAGUCCUCCUCCUCUACUGGCAUCUACCUCGGUGUGGGAGCUCUCGCUCUCGGGGCCGGAUACUACUUCUACUCCCAGAGCAGCGGCUCGUCCGCCAGCGAGACCAAGGUCUUCACCCCCACGUUCGAGGACUACCAGAAGGUGUACAACGAGAUCGCUGAGCGAUUGGAGGAGAAGCACGACUACGAUGAUGGAUCGUACGGCCCCGUCCUGCUGCGAUUGGCGUGGCACGCCAGCGGCACCUACGAUAAGGAGACUGGAACUGGUGGUAGCAAUGGCGCCACCAUGAGAUUUGCCCCCGAGAGUGACCACGGUGCCAAUGCCGGUCUGGUUGCCGCGAGAGACUUCCUAGAGCCCGUUAAGCAAAAGUUCCCUUGGAUCACCUACUCCGACCUUUGGAUUCUCGGUGGUGUCUGCGCCGUCCAGGAGAUGCACGGCCCCAUCAUCCCAUACCGACCUGGUCGAACUGACAAGGAUAUGUCUGCUUGCACACCUGAUGGACGUCUCCCAGAUGCAUCCCAAGGAAACAAGCACUUGCGCGACAUCUUCUACCGUAUGGGCUUCAACGACCAGGAGAUCGUUGCCCUGAGCGGUGCUCACGCCCUCGGACGAUGCCACAGUAACCGAAGUGGCUUCGAGGGCCCAUGGACAUUCUCGCCCACUAUCCUGACCAACGAGUUCUUCAAGCUCCUCGUGAACGAGAAGUGGAACUGGAAGAAGUGGAACGGUCCCAAGCAGUAUGAGGACAAGACCACCAAGACCCUGAUGAUGCUUCCCACCGACAUGGCCCUUGUCACUGACAAGAGCUUCCGACAAUGGGUCGACAAGUAUGCCAAGGAUGAGGAGCUCUUCUUCAAGGACUUCGCCGCCGUGAUCCUCAAGCUCUUCGAGCUUGGUGUUCCCUUCGCCGAGGGCACCGAGCAGAGCCGAUGGACCUUCAAGCCCACCCACCACUCCUAGAUACCUAAUGAACAUAGACCGGGGAUACGUAUAGACGGUCCAUCCUUCAAGAUUAGAAUAGAUUCUGGGAGGGACAGAUAGAAGACGUAUCAGAAUGGGGCGGUCGAGUCCAGGGAAUCCUCGGACGGUGUAUAUUUCCUUUUAUUGCUGUCUUUCCG